CUCAGGACACCUGCCUUGGCCCCACCAUGUUUGUGGCAUCAACCAACUCAGCUGUGCCCAGGCCCCUCUCUGCACCCAGCCUGCCCGGCAACAGCAGCCAGGAGAAGCCACUGGAUGCCCGGGACCCGCUGCUGGCCCAGGUAGAGCUGGCCCUGCUCUCCACAGUCUUUGUGGCCGUGGCCCUGAGCAAUGGCCUGGUGCUGGGGGCCCUGGCACGACGGGGACGGCGGGGCCGCUGGGCACCUAUGCACGUCUUCAUCGGCCACUUGUGCCUGGCCGACCUGGCUGUGGCUCUUUUCCAAGUGCUGCCUCAGCUGGCCUGGGACGCCACUGACCGUUUCCGUGGGCCUGAUGCCCUGUGUCGGGCCGUCAAGUACUUGCAGAUGGUGGGUAUGUACGCCUCUUCCUACAUGAUCCUGGCCAUGACACUGGACCGCCACCGCGCCAUUUGCCGUCCCAUGCUUGCAUACCGCCACGGAGGUGGGGCUCACUGGAACCGGCCAGUGCUGGUGGCCUGGGCCUUCUCUCUCCUUUUCAGCCUGCCCCAGCUCUUUAUCUUUGCCCAGCGUGAAGUGAAAGAUGGGGUCCUCGACUGCUGGGCCUGCUUUGCAGAACCCUGGGGACUUCGUGCCUAUGUCACCUGGAUUGCCCUGAUGGUGUUCGUGGCACCUGCCCUGGGUAUUGCUGCCUGUCAAGUGCUCAUCUUCCGGGAGAUUCAUGCCAGUCUAGUGCCAGGGCGAUCAGAGAGGGCUAGUGGCCGCUGUGGGGGGCGCUGGACAGGCACUCCCAGCGAAGGAGCCCGGGUGUCGGCUGCCAUGGCCAAGACCGUAAGGAUGACACUGGUGAUUGUGAUCGUCUAUGUGCUGUGCUGGGCGCCCUUCUUCCUUGUGCAGCUGUGGGCAGCGUGGGAUCCAGAAGCACCUCGGGAAGGGCCACCUUUCGUGCUGCUCAUGCUACUGGCCAGCCUCAACAGCUGCACCAACCCCUGGAUCUAUGCCUCCUUCAGCAGCAGUGUCUCCUCGGAGCUACGCAGUCUGCUCUGCUGUGCCCGGAGGCACAGCCCGCCCAGUCUGGGGCCUCAGGAGGAGUCUUGUGCCACUGCCAGUUCCUCCCUGGCCAAGGACAUAUCUUCCUAAGGGGCUAGCAGGCACCUUCCUUCCAGAGGCACCAUGAAACUCAGCUGCCU